AACUCACUUAUAAUAACGUUAUUCUUUGUUUUUUUCUUCCCAUUUUGAUAACAUCAAUCUUCACAUGGAAGCUUUUGUUAGGUAAUGAAAAGAGAGAUGCCAACAGAACUCAGCGUGGCAAAAGAGAUUCCCCUGGCCUCGACGUUUUCCCUUUGGAUUGGUCCAAACAAACAGAGUACGUAACAAUGCUGAGGUGCUCCGAAUGUCAGGCCUUAUGAUUCCACGAUUUUAUUCGUUUUUGGUUGACCUAAUACGGAGGAUGACAACAACCGCCCACAAUACUAAAUCACUGCAAAACUCAACAAAUGUAGCCAAUCUUGUACCUUUUUCCCCAAUCCUUUUCGGCUGUUCCCAUGGAGAUGACCUGCAUGUAUUUGAAAGAGCAACGGAGACCUGAUUUAGUCAACUGAACAUUGAGAGAUCAGAUACCAUGUUAAAUGGAGCCAAAUUCAAGUUGACAUUAACAUAGGCAAAAUAGACGGGCUACCUACUUUCAUCAUAGGCUCAAAACCCUUGUUUCCCUUAUAUAAAGCAAACAACUUUCACCUUUCACCCAACUCUUUCCAAUGGAGCACUACCACUUCCAGAGGCAGCAACAAGGUGCUUCAGCCCCCAAACAGAGCAAGUUUGAUGAGAGAAUUGGUGGGAGUGGUAACAGCAAGAGCAAGUACAUUGGCGUGAGACAGAGAUCUUCAGGGAAAUGGGUGGCAGAGAUCAAAGACACCACACAGAAGAUAAGAAUGUGGCUAGGGACCUUCGAAACAGCUGAGGAAGCUGCUAGGGCUUAUGAUGAAGCUGCUUUCCUUCUCCGCGGUUCCAACACACGCACCAAUUUUGCUAUGCAUGUAUCCACCAACUCCCAUGUCUCUUUGAAGAUCAGAAACCUCCUUAAUCACAAAAGGAGUUUAAAACAGGGCACUUCAACAACUACCCAGAAGAAAACCGCAAGAAGUACCGUAGUUAUUAGCAAUAGUAGCAAAAGUGGCAGCAAUGAUAGUUACCAAUCCAGUAAGAGCAAUAGUGAUCUUCUGUGUAAUGAAAUGAAACAGGGCAUUAUGGUCUCUGAAGAUGUAUAUAGACCAGACUGGAGCAGAUGCACCAGUACCCCUCAGUUUGGGAAUUUAUGGGCUACCCCAGUAGUGUUUGAUCAGUUUCCACCUACCCAAGAAGGAUUAAUGGAGCUGCCCAAUAAUGCUGGCCUAAACUCUGAUGCAACUGGCCUGGAGAUAUUUGACCCAGAAAUGAUGAAGGUUGAAAGGCUGGUAACAGCAUCAAUGUACGAAAUGAAUGGGGUGGAUUCAUACCUGGAGAAUGGAUUUGAUCCAAUUGAUGCUCCCUGGGAUCUUCACACACUUUCUCAGUUGUUCUGUCCAAGCUGAUUGUUCCUCUCUUUAUCUGCUAUGUAAUCUGAAAUACAUGAGAAGUAGAAGAAACAGGCAUCUGUAUUCCCAAUGGAUGAGCAAUUUAAGUAUGUUCUAUGUUUGUAACUUCGAUGAUUAGGUUUCUAGCCAUGCUAGAAGGGACAUAACCCUUUAUUCGCCUUUUCUCUUUAAAUUUGAUAUUAUCCAAGGCAAAAUUUCAUUACUCUCUUGUCACUGUUCUGAGCCCUUUGGAAUUUAAUGUUAUGCACCAUUAUCAUAGAAUU